UUUUCACAAAGGGUACAUAAAUUGUCUGCUGAGUGUGUUGGUGGAAAAACACUUCCCCCUGCCGUCCACUUGCUGUGUCGAACACACCGGUUACAAAACAUUGGCAUUUUCAGCCACUAACACUCACGUGUACUGCUGCGUUAUGCAAACACUGAAGUGAGCGCUCUGAAACUGCAGAACUGAACACCGUAUAUCAAAGGGAAGCAAUGAAAAACAGACCGACGAAGUCAGAUGCACUCGAAUCAAAGAGUAAAGUGAAGAAGAGGACUAACCAGAACGCCCCAUUAACUCUCUCCAAGAAGCUACGAGCCAUAAAAGAUGGAGAGACGUCCAAACAAGGGUCGCCCCCAGUUAAGUCUGCUGGAGUACAGAAGAGAAGCUGGCACGGGAGCAUCCUACACUACAUUUACAAGAGCACGUUGGGCCAAAGUCUGCACUCACAGAUGAGACAGUGUCUUCAGGAGCCUUAUGUCCGCUCGCUGUCUUCCUAUCAUUUCCACGGUGCCACCAGCCCCUUUGAUCGCAGGAUCACUUGUCUGGAGUGGCAUCCAACUCACCCCACCACUCUGGCUGUGGGAUCCAAGGGUGGCGACAUCUACCUGUGGGACUAUGAGGCACCUACAAAGAAAACAUUUUUACAAGGGAGCGGAGCAGGAGACUUUAUCGGAGAGAUGAAGUUCUGCCCGACGGACCUUUCCAGAGUCUAUGUGGCUUCUGGUCAGGGAACUUUGACCAUGCAGAGCUUUGAGGGCCACACGCCCACACUUCUGUCCAGAACUCAAGACUGUGGCCAUGAUCAUCACAAUGUUUGUUUCUGGUACUGCUGUGUAGAUGUGUCGGUGAGCAGACAGAUGCUUGUGACAGGAGACAAUGUGGGACAGCUGUCACUGCUUAGUCUGGAGGGACAGAAGAUUUUUAGCGAAAAGUUGCACAAAGCCAAAGUGACCCAUGCUGAGUUCAACUCUCGCUGUGAUUGGUUGUUGGCGACGGCCUCAGUCGACCACACGGUAAAGCUUUGGGACCUAAGAAACAUCAAAGACAAGAAGAGCUUCCUCCAUGACAUGCCUCACGAGAGAGCUGUCAACUCAGCCUAUUUCAACCCAUUAGACUGCACCAAGCUGCUCACCACAGACCAGUACGACCAGAUUCGAGUCUACUCGUCACCUGAUUGGUCAAAGCCUCAGCAUAUCAUCCAGCAUCCUCACAGACAGUUUCAGCAUCUCACACCCAUUAAGGCCACGUGGCACCCUGUCUAUGACCUCAUUGUGGCAGGCCGUUACCCCGAUGACCGGGUUUGCCUUGGAGAUGAGAGGACUGUCGACAUCUUUGAUUCCAAUACAGCAGAGCUUGUCUAUCAGCUGCAAGAUCCCAAUGCUGCAGGGAUUAAAACUGUCAAUAAAUUUAAUCCAAUGGGUGAUGUGCUUGGAUCUGGAAUGGGUGUAACAGUGCUGGUCUGGGAUAGAAACGAGUCCUUGAUCAGUGAUGAGAACACAGUGCAGAGUGAAAGUUCAGCGGAGGGUGUCAGAAGCCAGAGGAGGAGUCAGCCGCGCUCUAGCAGGGACAGAAGAGCUCCUGCUAUGGAUUCAAAGCUUAAAAAGAAGCUGGCUUCUCUUGAAGAUUCAGAGACCAAAACCAAGACCAAGACCAAACAAAAAAAGCACAGAUGCAGAAAAAGUGAAAGAUGCAACAAUGUGUUUGUUCUGUUUACUGUUUUUUGUUUCUCAAACAUCAGGGAUUGUUUGAAUGUUCAAAACUGUUUUAGAUAAUCUUUGUAAACCAGUUAAACACUGGACCUCUGGUAUGUUCUCACCAGUUUUCUGUAUUAUAAUAAUAAAACGUUUUUUAAAUGAGA